AUGUUUCCAGAAGGAUCAUUGUCCAAAAUCGCAUCCAUGGCCAAUGUCGAUGUUUUAGAUAUUCAACGCCAGUUGAUAGAAUUUGCUCAAAAUUACGAGGCCAUAGCAAAUAUAGAUGCUAGUAUUCUGUAUCAAGAUUGUAACGAUGAAUUUUUCGAAGAAGAAAAUGAAAACCACACAGAUAUGGAAGAUGAUUUAAAAUGUGCAUUAUCCGAAAAAAAUCGUUGUAAAUCGUGUAUUUCAUGUGCAUUCCUAUAUGUAUACACAUUAGUGACUCAUACACCAAAUUACAAUGAUUUAUAUACGGUAUAUAAGGUAAUAUUAAGUUUAGCUUUUACUCAAGUAAGUUGUGAAAGGAGUUUUUCAAUACUUAAAACUAUAAAAACUAGACUUAGGUCAACUCUUUCUAACCACAAAUUAGAAGCAUUCAUGUUUAUGAACCUUGAACGUGGCAUGAUUGUACCUCAUGAUAUUAUAAUUGAUCGAUUAUGUGCCACUUCCACUGAAAUGAAAAGGAUGCUGAUUGGGUAA